ACUAGGUGGCUGAACUUUGAGAAAGUCAUCAACGCUUUGCUGUCCAAGCCAGUUUAUUACCUGAGUAUAACAAAGCUACGGACCCAUACCAAGGAGAAGUGCUUCAUCGAUGAAGAGGAAGAGUUUACUACUAUGGUGAAUUUCUAUCAUGACCUGAGGAUAAUUAUCAAGCACCGUAGCACAGUCAUCUUGAGUACCCAGUGGCUGAUAGACUUGUUCGGGCAGCUGGUCACUAUUCCAGAUUUUACGAAAAUGGUAAGAAAUACAAUUUAACGUGUUUUUAAACUUGCCAUGUUUUAUAACGGCCCCCAUUUUGGAUGACAUCACGGUUGUCAAACCGUGCCGUAACAAAUAAAAAUGAUUAUGUCACAUGCAUUGCAAGCUAUCUUUCGUGUGUGUCAUCAGCACAAUCUACCUUUAUAGGGGUGCAAUGGAAGUACAUUGCAUGACUUGUAGAAUUAUCCUCAAAUGUAGUCUUAAAGGAACGUCUCACAACAAAAAAGAGUGGAAAGAUACAUAUAUACGUGUGCUGAAACCAGCGACUCUUUAUGUCGACCAAUCAGAACGCGCUUUUAUAGUUUGUGGAAGUGAAAUUUGGACCGUAAGAAUUUUCCGGCGAGUAAACCAAAUAGAGGAUUCUGGCUUUUUCGUGGCGCUUUAAAGAACAUUCUAUAGAUUUAAAAUCUGAGGUCUGUUAAAAAGGUUAUGAUCUUUUUUCGCCCCAAGAGAGAUUUAUUCACAGUUGUACUUUCUAGGCAGUCUUUCGUAAUUUCCAUUUUAUAUGUGUCCUCACACAAAUCCGCAAAUUACAAGGAGGAAAGUUUUCCUUGAAUGUUUACUUAAAAUGUUAAGUAGUUUAUUUCUUUUAGAGAACUUGCUAAAACUUAUUAAUAUAACAUUUAGAAAUGUAAAAUGAUCCUGGAAGAAAGCUAUCUUGAAUAGUUUUGUGAUCAUUCAAUCAAUCAAAUCAAUCAAUCAAUCUUUAUUCCUCCUAAGAUAAAAAGACUUAUCUUAAGUUACAUCAGCAGUUGGGAGUCUAAAAAUACAUAAGACAUACUGUAUACAAAUAAUAGAAAGAUCAAUGAUUAUGUUGGGGGCUUGUGUAGCUCGCUUGGCUUCUUAACGAAGAGGACCAAGACUCUGUUCGUUCUCCUUAGACAGCAGUUUAUUCUUCAAAAGCUUCUGACAACAACUCUACUACUCAACUAACGCUACUAGCUUACACAGCGAAUUAAAUAACGAAAUUGUGGACGUGUUUGGGUUAGCUGACCAUGAGACCCUUCCAUUGCAUAUCCUGUCGCUGAACUUGUGAACGAUAGAAUAGUCUACACUGUCGCAAUUAACAGGUACUGAAGAGCCAAUUGAAUGCUAGCGGUAAAACUGCUUGCUAUAUAGGACCAAUCAUACAAAACAGAAACUUCAGUGGAGGCAAAAUUCAAGGUCAGCUAUAAUCUCCGAACAUGCUUACUUCAAAGAACUACAACAAGCUUAACAAAUCCUUUCGAUAGACGAUACUUCUCAAAACUCAGGAACUAACCGUGUGGCCUAUACAUUGACUUUCCUUGGACUAUGAACUGUUUAUUAAGAAACUAGCGCGUGCUACAAAAUAAUCAUUCGGAUAGAAAAACCUUAAAAAUACCAAAACUCCAAAACAGAACUAACAGCAACUACUUUAUAACAAUUAUAUCUAAAAAUAAGCCUAUUUACAAAAACAUUCUUAAAUGUAUCAGUCUUUAUAUCCGGGCGAUGAGCACUUUUGUUUCUGAGUUGAUACUUUGUUUCUUUCUUCUUCGGAAUAAUGUUACUAAGCUGGCAAUCGGGAUCCACUGAACGUACCUUGAAAAGAUUUUUAUCUGCCUUUUCUAAAAGUUCUCGGAUGUCCAUUCUCUUAAAGAUGUGUAUUUCCUUUUAAAGCAUCUAUCCAGAAAGUUUUGUAUGACCGUUAGAUCUGAGUCUACAGACCUUAAAUGAAAUUCGGUAAAACUAAGGCGCUAAAUAGGUGGUCUACUUCACCUUGACUGAAACCUUCCUUCCGUAAAGAUCUUAAUACAAACAGACACUUACAGUAUUUGCCUUAAUCAACUUAGCACGUACGUGUUCGCUAUAUUUACAAUUCUCUUGAAACGUAACACCUAAAAUGAGCAGCGAAUGUUAUUAACUUGCACAAUAUCCUGAAUAAGACCUUUCUUGCGAAAAAUAAUUUCUUUACAUUCCUCUUGUUAUUCCGUCUUAGGUCCCUAAGUUUGCAAAGCACUGGAAGGAAGUCGAAGAAAGCGGUGUUCUCAGCAUGGAACUGCUUGAUCAUGUGUUUUCCAAAUUUCUUCUGGAGGGCGUUGCCAGGAAAGACAUUCUUGAUCUGAUGGAACAAUUUGGAUUGAUUGCAAAAUUUCCAUCUUCAAAGACAGGUGAAAAGUAUUUUGUUCUAUCUCAACUCAAAGCUUCGCCUGAUUCCCUUUGUUCCAUGGCGCCCUAAAGGCUGGACCCUUGUCCUCUGUAUGUUUACUUCGUCAGCGGCUCUGUUCCCCAUGGUCUGUUCACUCGACUUGUUUCUCAAUCUGUCCGUUGGUGUUCUGAGGCUGGUCCAACUCAGCCCCCUACCCUGUACCAAAAUGGAGCGUGGUUUGUUAUUGAGAAGAAAACUGUCCAUGAUUUUGUUCCUAUUUUUAAGAAGCAGUUUAUUAAGUUCUUUAUCAAGCAAAGAAACCACCCUCAGCAGAUCUCUCUCGAUGAGACAAGUGAGAUGGCAGUGCAGGUUCGUGAGUUUGUGGAGGCAACUUUGCAAGCUUUGUCACGUGAUCUCUAUAAAGGUGGAUUGCAGUAUCAUAUUCGGGUCGCCUGUCCGUAUUGUCAGCGGGAAAAAUACUCAAGCCACAAUCAGAUUGCGUGUUCUCAUGAAGAUUGUCUUCACCUCCUUGAGGUAAGACAAGGCGUUCAUCUGAUUUGC